GGCUCUGAAUAUAUAACUAGCUUUCAACGAUAGUGUAUACGUAGAAACUGUGACGGCAAUCAACCAUGCCGUUGAACAUAACAUCCAUCAAGACAUCUUCUAAUGGAGUGUGGCAAGGUGAUAAUCCUUUGGAUUAUGCCUUCCCACUCCUAAUAGUUCAAAUCACCUUAGUCCUCAUCGUCACUCGCUCCCUCGCUUUACUUCUCAAACCUCUCCGACAACCCAAAGUCAUUGCUGAGAUUCUGGGUGGAGUUUUGCUGGGCCCAUCGGUACUGGGAAGAAGCAAAAGUUAUUUGCAUCGUAUAUUCCCUUCAUGGGGCACGCCAACGCUGGAAUCUGUCGCAAGCAUAGGUCUUCUUUUUUUCCUAUUCCUCGUAGGUUUGGAGCUCGAUCUCCAUUCCAUUCGUCGGAGCGGCAAAAGAGCCUUCAGCAUCGCCGCCGUGGGGAUCUCUCUUCCUUUCGUCUGCGGAAUCGGCGUCGCCAUCAUCCUCCGCAAAACAGUUGAAGGCGCAGACGAACCCGGCUUCGCGCAGUUCAUCGUCUUCAUGGGCGUGGCGCUUUCCAUCACCGCAUUCCCGGUGCUGGCCCGCAUCCUGGCAGAGCUGAAGCUCCUCACCACGCGAGUGGGGGAGACCGCGAUGGCGGCGGCGGCGUUCAAUGAUGUGGUCGCGUGGAUUCUGCUCGCGUUGGCAGUGGCUUUGGCGGGGAAUGGCAGUGGGUCCCAUAAGAGUCCUCUGGUAUCGGUGUGGGUUCUUCUCUCGGGGCUGGCGUUCGUGGUUUUGAUGAUGGUGGCUGUCCGACCGGUGAUGGAGGUUGUGGCUAGAAGGGGCGAAAACGACGCCGCUGACGAGUUUUAUGUUUGUUUGACGCUAGCGGGGGUGUUGGUGUCGGGGUUUAUGACGGACCUGAUCGGGAUUCACUCCAUAUUCGGGGCCUUCGUGUUCGGGCUAACGAUUCCGAAGGAGGGAAACUUCGCGAAGAAGCUAACAGAGAGAAUCGAGGAUUUUGUUUUAGGUUUGUUGCUCCCACUCUACUUUGCUUCUAGCGGUUUGAAAACCGAUGUAACUACCAUACGUGGCGCUUCAGCGUGGGGUCUUCUGGUUCUGGUCAUAGCCACGGCUUGUGCUGGGAAGAUUCUUGGGACCUUCGUGGUAGCCAUGUUCUGCAUGAUCCCCGCCAGAGAAUCGCUCACACUUGGCGUCCUCAUGAACACCAAAGGCCUUGUUGAGCUUAUCGUACUCAACAUUGGAAAGGAAAAAAAGGUUUUAAAUGAUGAAAUGUUUGCAAUCUUAGUUCUUAUGGCUCUGUUCACCACCUUCAUCACAACACCGAUAGUAAUGGCAAUCUACAAACCAGCUCGAGGAAACUCAGUGAAAGCCCGGCGAAAGCUCGGUGACGAUUCUUUGGGGUCUGGGAAGGAAAUGGUUGAGAAGCUCAGAGUCUUGGCCUGUCUCCAUGGGCCAAGCAAUAUCCCUUCUGUCAUCAAUUUGAUUGAAUCAACUCGAAGCACAAAAAAGUCCUUGAUAAAGUUGUUCAUGAUGCACCUUGUUGAGCUCACAGAACGCUCAUCCUCUAUCAUCAUGGUUCAUCGUGCUCGUAGAAAUGGUUUCCCCUUCUUCAACCGCUCUCAUCGUGACCAGUGGCAUGACCGAAUUGCAGGAGCCUUUCAAGCCUACACUCAACUAGGUCGAGUCAUGGUUCGGUCCACAACUACUAUUUCUUCUCUCUCCACCAUGCACGAGGACAUAUGCCACGUGGCGGAGGAGAAAAUGGUCACCAUGAUUAUUUUGCCCUUCCACAAACAGUGGAGAACAGAAGUGAAUGGGGACAACGAGAAAUAUCAAGUGGAAGAAAAUGCAGGCCACGAAUGGAGAGUGGUCAACCAAAAGGUACUUAAGAAUGCACCUUGUUCAGUGGUCGUGCUUGUGGAUCGUGGAUAUGGAAAUUUGCCUGAAACUCCAAUCCCAGAUUCCAUUGUUUAUCAACGAGUGUGCAUCAUCUUCUUCGGUGGCCCAGAUGAUCGUGAGGCUCUAGAGUUGGGUAAGAAGAUGCUUGAACACCCAACAGUUAAAAUACGUGUUGUAAGGUUUAUGGAAAAGGGUGUGUUGGAUGAUAAUAACAUUGUGUUAAACUUCUCACCUGACAAAAACAAAGACGAUAGUUACAGCUUCUCCACUGCCAAAAUGAAUCGCCAGCAAGAAAAGGAGUUGGAUGAGGAGGCAAUUAAGCAGUUUCAAAGCAAGUUGAAUGACAUGGUGGAAUACGUUGAGAAGUUUAGUGAGGACGUUGUGGAAGACGUAUUGAUAAUAGGAAAAAGUGGGGAUUAUGAUCUGAUAAUUGUUGGAAAAGGUCGAUUCCCAUCGAAUAUGGUGGCUGGUUUAGCAGAAAGAAAACCAGAACAUGCUGAGUUAGGUCCUAUUGGAGAUGUUUUAUCUUCAUCAGAACAUGAGGUUUUGUCAUCUGUAUUGGUUAUUCAACAACACGAUGUGACAUUGGUAGAUGAUGCUCCUGUAUGCAAGGUCCAUGAUGAGUAUGGCACUGUCAAUACUGCUUAUUCUUCUCAUGGAGUGGGAAUUUCAAUUGGCAAUGACAAUGCAGUGUAAUAUAUAUUUUCAUUAUUUGUACGAAAAUAUACAAAUUUGAAAAUACUUAAACAUUCUCUCUUA